AUGGCGUUGCUGCUUCUGUUGGUGAUGCUGACCGUAUGUGCUGCUCUUCCUCAAGGUAAAAAUACAUACCUUCAUUCUUCAACACAGACAACAGCAAAAUAAGGCAGGCGUAUACUCUGGAAAAGUGUGCUGUGUCUUGAUGUGUCUUAUCUUUCUAAUUUUUUUAAAGGUAUGAGCAAAGUUUUUAAUUUAAUACGACAAAAUAUAAAUAUGCUUACUGUUGAUAAUAAGAGUAAUAAGUACAACAGUUUGGCAAAACAUGAGUGACAAAGUUGUGUCAGAUGAGACUAAUUCGUUUUAUUUAAUGCUUUUCAUCGCCUUGCAGUUAAAGUUUUGGGUUUUUACAUUAAAAAUGUUGUUAUUCUUGAUUGUUUAUGUGUGCACCAGAAUUUAUUAUGAAAGUUUUGAAGCCAUUUUUUAUACUUGGAUCCUUGUAAAAGUAGUAGAGGGAUUACGCUCUGCCUCCUUACUCAACACAGACAAGUGGAGCUGUGUGUAUGUGGUUUCCCUCAUUCUCAUACCACAAGUAUUUCUCUUAAUUAAGGUAAAUACAGCACACAAAUCAUUGUAAAUUUAAGCACACAUGUGAAUAAUAGCCUUCCAUGUGCACCUGUGAUUUUGUACGACAGAAAUAUAUGUUUGUGCAUGUUCAUUUGGUGCUCUUAAGUUUUGGCUAAUUCAGAUAAUGUAAACCAGCAAGGAGUCAGACUCUAUAGCUGCUCUUCAGCUGUCAAGCACUCCUCAGAUGAUGACUUACACUGAUACAUAAAUUUACCAGUAAGACAAAUGCAUUUAUUUUGUGCUAUAAUGAUUCAUAUGACAGAAGUAAUGAAUAAAUGAGGUAGUGAUUUGUUGGAAUAUUAAAAACUGCAUGGCUGAAUUUAUGUAUUAAGACUUAGCCCUUGGUUCCUGUUAAUUUUAAGCUCCAUCCAGCCUACUUUGUCCCCAAAACAGACAUGCAGAUAAGUGUUCAGAAACAAUCAUUUUUAAUAUUUUUUCUUACUUCUUACUUUUUUUACUCAUAUCUCUUAAAAUACUUUAGCCCUGAUCAUUAAAAGAAAUAAUGAAUAGACAAUUCGGUGUAUUACCCUUUCAUGCCAGUUUUGGUGUGCCAUGUUACUGCUAUUUUUAAUGGUAAAAAACCUUUUUUUUUUUUGAUAAAUAGAGUCUGGUCCAUGUCAAUGAUAAGAAGUAAAACCGAUUUUGGUGCAUUUAAAUCCUUUUUGUAGUGCAAUUUUUUCAUAUUUGAAGCUGCAUCCAGCAUACUUUGUCCGCAAAACGAACAUGCAGGUAAAUGUUCAUAAAUAAUCAUUUUUUAAAAAUUUGUCUUGCUAUUUGGACAUAAAUCUUUUAAACAACUUCAGCCAUAACUAUUCAAAAAGUAAUGAAUAAACAAUUCGAUGUAUUACCCUUUUUGAUGCCAGUUUUGUGUGCAAUGUCAUAUUUAUUGAUAUAGUGUGUUUUAAACAGCUAAGUCCAUUGGAGCAGAAAAACGUGCCAUUUUCACCUUCAUUUCUGAAGACUUGUUCUCCACCAAAUCAAUUGCGAUCAGAUUCAUUAGUUCACAUUAAAUUAAUUAUAUAUUUAGGCAUAUAAAACCAGAAGAUAUAUGUAAGAUAGGAAUCAAUUACAAGUGGUUAUGCACCUCUAACCAAAAUAUGACCGUAAUUACGCUGAUUGCGCUCAUAUAAAAAAAUAACCGCAUAUUUGAGAUUUGAUAUCUUCUCAACUAAUGAUCCGAAGGACCUGUGCAUCCUCAUUAUCCACUUACUCUGAAGUGAGGGAAAAGUUGAAAUUGUCCAAAUGUCCCCCUCUCUUUGUCCCACAUGGUAGAACUUGGAUGUCAUAUUUUCGACUGUAAAAACUCUGCUCACGGCAUGCCCGGUUAUAAACAUUGACACAGAUUCCUUGCACACGUAUCCCACUCAUAGACAUCCAUAUCUAGUGGCAUGUAAAGUUUCAUUCAAUUCUGAUGAUGUUUAGUGGAUGAAAUAGCACUUCAAACACUCUCAGUUCAUGAAUGAAGACUUGCAUGUGUGGCACCGAAGGGGUUACAAUUAUGUGCCGGCUCAAUCUGUUGUAUCACUGUCAGAAAGUAAAAUUUAGAGCCCUGGUGAUCGAGUGACUGCAAAAUAAAGGUUAUUAUGUUUUUAUGGUGCCAUAAACACACAGUCAAAAAACAUGUGUUUAAUGGAAGUCUAUUGUCCAAUUUGAGGACAAAGUAGGGUGGACGCCCCAAUCUUUAAAAAUGUGACUGUCAGCUCAAAAUAAAGAUUAAAAAAAUGACAAAUGUCCUCAAGACGGAUAUUGUAGGAACCGAGGGUUAAGUAUUGAUUUUGUUAAAUUGUACACAUGUAACAGUAGACUGCUGUUGGUCUGAAACCGUGAUUUGUCAUGUGUUAAUAGUUUUUGUCAUAGUUUCUUUGUGUUUUGAUUUCUUUCUUUAUCUUAGAUAUGUCUGGUAAGAUGUUUACCUUCCCAGAAGAGUCAGACACAGAUUAUGUGAGGCUGACAACAUCGAGACAGAGUUUGAGCACUUUGACCGUCUGUCUGAGGUGGUGUCAUAUAUGCAGAAAUUUCCCUGAAUAAAAAUGAUGACCAUAGAUAUCCUUAUAAAACCAGCAGGACUGACAAUAUUGUUUUUUGUUUGUUUUUGUCUCCACAGAACCUUUACAGACCUGAAUAGAGAUCAUACCCCCUUCUCUCUGGCCACACCUGGUGUUUUCAAUGACUUCGUGAUUUACAGAUAUGCUGAAAGUAAUGAGUUUUCCAUGAAUGUAAGGGACAAGGCAGUUAGAUUCAGAGAGCUGGACUACAAGCCGAACACGUGGCACUCACUUUGUUCCACAUGGGACUCUGUCUCUGGUGUGCUGCAAGUUUGGUUGGAUGGAAAGCCCUCAAGCAGGAAGUACAUCAGCUCUGGAUCAAACAUCACUGGACCUAUGAUCAUUGUUCUGGGACAGGUAUACUCUUUUAACAAUAUGGGAAACAAACUUACAUUAAUUGACUCAGAGUGUGUUAGCACAGAUUACCGUAAAGACUAGAAAUACAAGCAACAAUGUAUUCUGACUAAGCCUUUGUUAGGGUCAGUGAUUAUUGAGAGUCACAGUUGGAUUAUCAGUUUUCUCAUCACUUGUGUCCACUCCAAUGUCUCUCCAGAAGGCAAAAGUUAGUCAACUUCUAUGGCCUGCAGUUUUCACUCUCUGAAAAUAAUCUUUGAUGGGCAGUCAGCACCAUGAACCACAGCAAAAGUCACGCUAAAUGCCCAAUUAGAAAAAAAACAAAAGCACUGACGCCUAGAAUGAGUCAAAAGAUUAGACUGGCUGUAUGGAUGAUACAUAGAGAACCAACAAAAUCCACUUUUCACUCAAAAUGAUCCCAUCACAUACCUAUUUGGUUAGAUAAACUGAAAAAUACCCCAACAGUUACUGAUAAAGUAAUGAUGUAAAGAAACCCCUUUAUUUUAAGUUUGUAAAAAUGUUUCUCUCUUAUAUAAAAGUCAACAUUUUACAAAGGAGGAUAAAAAAAAUCAACAAAUAAAUGAGGUCAGAUUUUUCAAAACUCUGACUUCAAUCUCAUUACUCUCUGAGAUUUAAAUCAGAGUUCUGACUUUUUUCAAUUUCUACAGGAACAGGACAGUUACGGCGGAGGGUUUGAUGCUAAACAGUCAUUUGUUGGCAUGAUGUCUGAUGUCCACAUGUGGGACUACACCCUCUCCCCCUGUCAGAUUCAACGCUACACGAAUCGCGAGUCCUUCCCCUCAGGCAACGUGCUUGACUGGAAGGCAUCGUUUCAGACCUUUGGCAGGGUUCUGAUCGAAGAUCAACAAGGGGACUGUCUCCUCUGA